UUCACGGAAAAUGAUUCAUGCGCAGUAGAGUUUGUGAUGGCAGUUUGGCGUGUGAAGGUUAAUGCUAGCUAAACCUCAGUAAACUUAACUACUACUGCCAUUCAACUAGAGUUUGGUUCGUUUUACUAGGAGGGUGUUUCACACUACAAAGGUUUUACUUCCGCACAGGCUUCAGCAGUCAUGGCCAGUUUGUCCAGCUAUGCCGUGCGCAUGGCCAGACUGAGCGCACAGAUUUUCGGGGAGGUCGUGCGUCCGACUGACUCCAGAUCACUGAAGGUGGUGCAGCUGUUCCAGGAGCCUCCCAUGGCACAGAGGAAGGAGGUGUAUGACUGGUACCCACAGCACAAAAUAUACUACUCCAUGACCCAGAAGCUCCGGUUCAUGGGACUGUUCAGAGACGAGCAUGAAGACUUCAAGGAGGAGAUGCGUCGCCUGAGGAAACUGAGAGGAAAAGGGAAGCCAAAGAAAGGAGAGGGGAAGAGAGCAAGCAAGAGGAAAUGAGAAGUUAACGUUGGUUGGGGCCGUGUGCAUGCUGUCUUUGGACAUUACUGUUGCGGGACGUGGAUCCUGAAAGAAUUCCGUUGUUUUGGUCGGAAAUGCAGUUUUCAAUGUUGGGAAUACCUUAGCUCGGCAUGACAUGAAUCAUCCUAUGUCAGUUGUAUUUAAGUGAAUUCCAUGCUUUUUAUUGUUGAACAUCGUCUCACAGAUACUUCAACACGCUUAUGGUAAUGAUCAUCGGACCACACAAGAAGAAGAAGAUUAUGUCCAUGUUUUUAUAGAACUGUUGUUGGAAAGGCUGGAAAAAGAUGUAAAGAAACAGGCAUCCUGUUUUCUAAAUAAAAUCAAUGUAAGGUAACAAA